AUGUCCGAAUUAGUGAGCUAUCGUUCAGGUAUGCUACCAGCAAAGGUAGAAGUACCUAACGACGAGGAUCUUAAUGGCGACGAUAACGAUUUUAGCAGCAUAGUGGAGUCGGAACACGGUGAACACAACAACUAUCCAUGCGCGAGAUCAAACGCCGGCUAUACCAGCUUAAUGGUGUAUCAGGAGAGUAAACCGUAUCCUGCCCAAGAGAAACAUGGUCAAGAAAGUAUUCAAAUCCAAAGACAGGACAGUGAUAUAACAGACCUAAAAGAACCAACCAACAAACAACUUAACGCAGAGCUGAGCAGCUUUGUGCAAAAGAAAUCAUUCGCCCAAAACAUGAUGGACAUUGCGCUGCUGUCUGCUAACACAAAUCAGCUACGAUACGUGAUAGAUCUGGGCGACAAGCAUCCGUACUAUAUGACCAGCUUGCUGCUAAUUAUAGUAAGUUUGGUGAUGCAAAUUGUUGUCGGAUUGUCGAUGGUUUAUUUAAACAGGUAUAACAUGAAGAACAAGAGGGAAAUGAAAGCGGCUUCCCACAUGAAUAACCUGUCAGUAGCGGGUGUGUUCUUGGUAACACUGGUGAACGUGUUUAUUUCCACUUUUAACGGUGCAGGAGUUGGACCAAUGUCUACACAAGAUCAAGCCAGUGUGCCACAGAAUGCAUCUACUUUAACCACGCAACAAGCUCCAUUCGUGGAGCAGGAAAAUCCAUGA